AUGCUGGACGAACAGAUGAUUACCGGACUUUGUGCGAGCGACAUGUUAACCCUUGGCUCGACCUCGAGUGAAGACUUCAUCGUGCCGGAUGAUGUCCCAUUGCUUUGCACUUCAGGCCUUAAGUCGGACCCGAAUAUAGUAUCUCAUCUCAACACACCUCCUCGGCUCCGCUCACUUGCUACCUGCGACCCGUCUUUCCAAUCGCAAUCGGAACUGGAGUUGUUUCAGCAUUUUAUGACCUCAACAUCUAAAACAAUGCCGUUAAGCGAUGACCCAGAUAUUUGCCAGUUAUGGACGGUCAAAGUCCCACAAAUGGCGUUACGCUGCUCCUUUCUGCUCGAAUCAGUUGCUAUGGUCGCAGCCUUCCACCUGAGGUCUCAGAACCCAGCUGACGAAAGUCUGGUUGUUCAAUCACACCAUUUCUAUGGCCUCGCGCUGAGGAGUACUCGAGAUGAAUUGAGCCGGAUCUCUCCAAGUAACGCAGAACAGCUUGUGAUAUCGUCACUCCUUCUGAGCAUUGCCUCCUGGCGGUUUCGGACAACCUCAACGGAGGCCUACACCGUGCCGAACGAGGCACUCCAGACCUCGAUUGCUGCUGUGCAGGUCUAUCUAAGCACCUGGUCGUGGCUUGAUAGUAUCAACUCGAGUGUGCACAGGCUCUUCAGCUCCCUGGACAUUACUGGGAAGUGGAGUGAAGUCCACAAUAAGCGGCGUUACAGCGACGUUGUCGCCAUGCUUGACGGAUUAGAAGAUACCAGCUCCGAAGGCAACAACGGAGAAGAGUUCAUUCGUCACCUUAUGGUGGUCCAUUCUUGCCUUUAUCAAGCAGAGUCCAAGGACGCGAUCCGGCACCGAGUGGUCCAGGCGGCGUUCAACCCUCCCCAGUCCUUGACCCAAGGUCUUCAAGAGAAGGAUCCUCGAGCGCUAGCUGUCUGGGCGCGCAUCAUGUCUCUUUGGACGGAGAUCGAAGAGACAUGGUGGACUGCCGAUAUCGCAGAAUAUGAGAUGAGCGGUGUCCAGCAGAUCUUCGAGGAUUGUGGCUAUGACGAGGAGCUGUUGACUUGGCCACUAGCACGCUUCGCGUGGGACCAAGAAUAA